AUGGAAUCUUACAAACUUGAAUUACAUCCCGUACGCGGACAAGCUCACGUCUGUCUGUUCCGAAAUGUUACAAAUGCACCAGAGUUACGCCAACGAUUGAUUAACCAAGACGCUACAAUGGCCUGCGCGCUUGUCAAUGCUGAAUUGGUCAUUAAUCCUUUUCAUGUAAUGUUGGCUGCAAACAGAGCUGCACAUGAUGAAAAACACAACCAGCUCAAAACCCACAAUAUUAAUUCCGAGAUUGUAUUCGACUUUUCAUCGACUAUUCAUAUUUCUCAAUCUUUAAAGAGAUUUGGUAUUGAAGACACCACGACUGAUAUUAUCGCUGUCAAACUUGGAGGAACCAGUGAAGAGGCAAUUGCUUUUAUGAAAGAUAAUAUCAAGGGAGAUGUGGUGGCUUUGGAUCAACUGGACCAGAUAAGAGAUCUGAAACGUAUCCAAAAGUACUAUCAAACAGGUGAUGUUAAAGAAGAUCCAGUUAAACUUAUGCAGCUGGUUGCUGGUGCAAUGGCUCUUAAAGGUCUCUAAAAUGCAUAUAGAAACACAUACAGCCCAGCAAACAAGAUACAUUGAAACAUGUGUAUAAUUUAAUAAAGUGCGAUACGAUCAACAUGCACCACAUGC